AUGUUGGCUGCCAGAUUAUUUACGUGUAUUGUCCUAUCAGUCCACAUUCAGUUGGUAAUAUCGCAUGGUCAGGGAAUAACACAAGAGGAACUUAUAGAGUCUUUAAAAGCAAUUGAUCUGGCGGAUCCUCCGGCUUGGUUGAAUCCAAGUCGUGUUUUGCAACGUAAAUUUUGUCGAACACCCCCAUUGUGUGAUAACAAAAUAACAAGCGAUUAUGCUGGUAUCAAACUGAUAGCAUGUGGAACAGGACAACCGAAAACAAAUGUACGCGGUCGAGCAUGUUUUGCCAUAGUUAUCGAUGGUAUCGACUAUAUGUUAUUUGAUGUUGGUAUGGGUGCUGAAAUAAUAUUAAAUAAUUUUAAUAAUACAAAUCAAUUAAAUUUCAUUAAACGUAUAUUUAUCACUCAUUAUCAUAGUGAUCACACGGGUGGUAUCGGCAAUGCAUUAAAUAUGGGAUUUUUGGAUCUAAGAACUUUGCCUGUUAAAUUACAUGGUCCAGGUCAAGAUUUGCUGUAUAAUUAUACUGAAGGUAUGAGACAUUUUUUUACUAUGGAUGCAAUUAAUCGACAAUUGACACUUAAUGCAGAAAAAAAAAUUUGCAAGCCAACAUUCGCUUCACCAGGCGAUCCAAAGUUGAAUCCUGCAGUAUUAGAUUCAUUAAAUGUUCAGGAAGUAUCAUUUCCAAUUCCACCAUUUGAUAAUAGAACGCAAGUAACUGUAGUCAAUAAUCCAGCCCAAGAUGUAGUUGUUAAAUCAUUUCGAGUUUAUCAUCAUUCAGCUGAUCCAGCUGUGGGUUACAUUGUUCAAACUAAAGGUCAUAAAAUUGUCAUUAGUGGUGAUACAGUGGGUUAUCCAAUAUCAUCGGCUGUAGUGAAUGCAGCUCAAGAUGCUGAUUAUUUAAUACAUGAGGUAUUAAAUAAAACUUAUUUAGUAUCACAUAGUAAGCCGACGCCAGGCGGUAAAUUUAAUGACCAAUGCCGAAUUCUUGAUUCACACACAUUUAUCCCACAAGUAGCAAGAGUAGCCAAAAUGGCUAAAGUCAAAAAUUUAAUCCUUACACAUAUUCUUCCCUCUCCAGUAACAAAUCAAGACGUCACAAAUUUGAAGAACAGCAUUGCACAAAUUUACAAAGGAAAUAUUUAUGUUUCAAAUGAUUAUGAUUACUGGCUCCUUAAAAAGAAAACAUAA